AUGAUGCCUCAGCCCGGCAGGGCAGAGGUGUCAAGGUACGCGGACACAGGCCAUACAGCAAACGCUCCGGAGGAUGGUCCAAGGACGUCCGAAGGAGCUUUCGUUGUCUAUCAAACACGCGGUGGAUAUCAUGGAGUGUACGACUUGCUUGUGAUGAAUGCCAGUCGUCGUCAGAGCCAUCGAGCAUUGUCCAGACUCGGUUCGCUAGUGAUCCUGAUGGUAUUCUUGAUAGCCGCCGUGCUAUUGAUUAAGUCAGACGGUGUGGAGAACAUGUCAGCACUCGUUCCAGCAUCGUCUCCUCUGCAUCACAGAGCUGUCAAGGCUGUUGACUCGCUCCACGCCUUGAGGGGUGUAAACGAUGUGCCCUCAGGGCCUGCGGGAAGCGGAUUGGCAAUGCAGGAAGCGCAGGGCAAGGCUGCUCUAGAUGAGCUGAAGGAGCUCAAUUUAGUUCCAGGAAAGAGAUCGACUUCGUUAUGGGACUUUCCGGAAAUCAAGCGCUACCAGGUACAGACGAGCAGAGCCAACUUCUGGGACAACAUGAAGAAACUUGAGGACAAGCAUGCCUACAGCUUGGAAUGGCCGAAUGUUGCUAGCGCUGACUUCAAGUGGCCAAGUCCUGAGGAUGGGGAUGAGUCAUCGACGAGUGAGCACCUGGUGAAGGCAGGAGGCUUGCUGCGACGAGGCGACAUUAUGCCAGUGACCCGGCCGUACAUCCAGUGGUCGUCGUCGUGCUCUAUCUCCUUCUGUCCUCUGGACACACCUCAGAAGGAAAGGGCGUAUGCCUGGCGUUACUGCAUGAAUCACUUCUACACGAAUGCAGAGAAGAGAUAUUGCUUUCAAGCAGUCCUGUCUCCUCCUAAGCCGAAGCCCUCUUGCGAGCCCUUCGCAGAUCCCGAGCAUGGUCGAGUGUUGAUACCUCCUGGGUCUCGAGACUCUUACAACGUACAUCGAGUGCGAGCUGGCUACGGUGUCGUCAUUGUUUGCGAUGAAGGAUACGAAGUCAAAGGUGAUGCUAAGCCGAAAUGUAAGGAAGAUGGCAGCUUCACUGAGCAAGGCAUCUGCGUUCCGGUGUCGUGUGGCAAGUAUCCCGCUCCCCUUCACGGCACUGUCAGCCCGACGACAGCCAUCCAGUACCCAGAUGUCGUCAAGGUCGCUUGUGAUGAUGGAUACUACUUGGAAGGAGAUGAAGUCAUUCGAUGCUCCAAGGAUGGGAAGUUUGAUGGAAGUGCUCGCUGCUCCCCAGUCGUUUGCCCUCCUUUCCCCCCUGUAGAGCAUGGGAAGGUGGUGCCUUCUGGUGAGACGGAAGCAGGAGACAAGGUUUCGAUCGUGUGCGAUGAGGGGUAUGAAGUGCAAGACGUCAACUCUAAGGAUGUCGUUUGUGGGAAGGAUGGACAUUACUUGAGCACUGGGACCACUUGUGUUCCGAUCGUUUGUCCUCCUUACAGUUUUCCUGCUCACUCGUCGGGCAAACCAGCUGGAGAGAAGCGAGUGGGAGAGACCGUUGAAGGGGAAUGUGAUAACGGUUAUGAAGCCUUUGCUGUUCCAGAGGAGAGCAAAGGGGCAACAGGUUCGAGCUCGGCUGAUCGAAGUUUGGGGAAAGAGUUCACUGUGGAAUGUGGACAAGACAAGAAUUAUCAUCCUGCAGUUGUGUGCUCGGCCUAUUGCGAUCCUUUUGUCAACGUCGUCCAUGGAAAGGCGACGCCUCAACGGAGGAUGCGGAAAGACGAGAAGGUGACGAUAAAGUGCGAUGACGGCUAUCAGCUACCGGAUGGCGUGGAUGGGGAAGUAGUUUGCGAGGCUGGGAACCAGUACAAUCCCUCCAGUGUUACCUGUCAGAAGAUUCCCUCUUGUCCCCCGUACCCUGUUCCUGACCACGGGCACGUCAGCCCUGAAGGUUCUCGAUCCAAGGUUGGGGAUCAAGUCGACAUUGUCUGCGACCCUGGGUACAAGCUGGGGCCUGGUUAUAGCGGUAAGGCGAUCUGCGAGCCAGAUGGGCAGUACGACCAGCCAGAGGCCGAAUGCGUCAAGAUCGAAGAGUGCCCUCCGUACCCGACUCCAGCUCAUGGUCGAGCUUCUCCGCAGAAGAUCAUGCACGUGGGGGAUCAGGUGAAUAUCGAGUGCGACGAUGGUUACAGGCUGAGUCCCGAGAGCUCCUCCGUUGCAACGUGUAUAGGUAGCACGUACAACUACCCAUCAGCUGUCUGCCAGCCGCUCCCAAUCUGCGGAGUCUUCGCUCCUCCCGAGCAUGGCUCAGUCAAACCCGCAGGGAAUGUUUCUGAGGGCGGCUGCGUGAAAAUCCAGUGCGAUGAUGGUUACGUGUUUGAAGCGGACGAGGAAGGCAGCGACCAUCCGUGCUGCGAGAAAGACAUCAUCAGCGGCUCACUUGACUUUCAACCUGGGGGCCAAUGCGUGCAACCAGAUCAGGCAUGCAGCAUCUGCAGCGACAUCACUGUUUGCCCUCACUGUUUCAUCGGUCGAAAGGAGUUCCCGGCCAAACGUCGAAGCUUUCACUUCGAUUAG